CAAUCCCGUGAAACGUAGCAAUUUUCCUCGUCAGUUCCAUUCCAAUCGCCUCGUCGUCAGGUCGCGAUCGCCGUGCAGGUUUCCCCAUUCGCACAGCGAGCUUUCGCGUAAAGUAGAAGUUUUGGUUUAAAAAGUGCAUUUAAUCUACGGGUGGUAAUAUUGAGAAUUUGCAUAAAAAUUGCAGAGAAGGUUGUUCCGAAUUGGGCUGUGAUUUUUUUUGUGUGUGUUGUAAAGCCAUUUUGCAUUUUAAAGUGAAAGGAUAGGAAAAAGUGAUCAAGGGUAUCGAGGAUUUGAGUGAUUUUAUCGUUUUUUGCUUCUUCAGUGCUUUUAAAUCUCAAGGAGAGGUGUGUGAAGUGUGUGAGAGACAAAGAUUAAAGAAUUUUCUUAUCGAGAAACUAUAAUUUUAUGACCUAGUUGGGUAUUAGAAAGCGAAAGGAGGUGUGAUAACAAUGAUAUUUCCAGCGAUUACACGGAAGCGGGUGCUGAUUGUUGCAAUUUUAGCGGCAAUUGUUGUAGCUGCGGUGGUCAUUGCUCUGUACUUUACCGUGUGGAAGCCCAAAGAUGAGCCAACAGAUGGACCACAUAAAAUGGCCAUCGUUGCCAAUGGCAUGGAGUGUGCAGAUAUUGGGAUGAGUAUUCUCAAGCAAAAGGGUUCAGCAGCAGAUGCUGCACUUGCAACACUCUUCUGUGAGGGUGUCACAUGCCCACAGAGUAUGGGACUCGGUGGGGGAUUCGUUAUGACCAUCUAUUCCAAGGAAAAGGGGCAGGUGGAGUCGUUGAUGGCGAGAGAAGUAGCUCCAUUAGCAGCCACAGAGGAUAUGUUCAAGAAUGGAACAGUUGAUUCCGUUGAGGGGGGCCUUGCUAUUGCAGUUCCUGGUGAAUUGAGGGGCUACUGGGAGGUACAUCAAAAGUACGGGGUUCUCCCGUGGGCAGAUUUAAUUCAGCCCACAAUAGAAUUGUGUCGGCAGGGACAUCUUGUUUCCCCCUAUCUCGAAAAUAUUCUACGUGGUCGUGCUACGCGAAUCUACGCUGUACCAUCUCUCAGGGAGAUCUACAUAAAUCCCGAAACUAAUACAACGUGGCAACAAGGGGAUCGCAUUAAGAGGCUCCAAUUGGCGCAGACGCUUGAAGUAAUUGCAGCUGAAGGUGUUGAUGCGCUCUACAAUGGAACACUCACAAAGGGAUUCAUUGAGGAUAUUCAGAACUUUGGUGGAAUUGUUACUGAAGAGGAUCUCCUUGAAUAUCGAGUACGAUGGGAAAAGCCUGUAACGGCACGGCUAAAGAGUGGCUAUACCCUGUACUCAACAGCAGCCCCAUCAUCUGGUCCCCUCUUGGCGUUCAUUCUCAACAUUAUGGAUGAUUUUAUGGAGGACAUGCAUUCGCCCGUGACGUGGCAUCGUGUCAUUGAGAGCUUUAAGCACGCCUACGCCCGGAGGACACAAAUGGGUGAUCCGGCAUUCGUGCCGUCUGUUCACCAACUCGUGGCUAAUCUCACAAAUCCCGAAUUUGCCAAGUACGUGCGUUCCCUCAUUGACGAUGACACCACGUACAACACCUUUGACUACUACGGGGCGGAGUUUGGGAAUGUUGAAGAUCACGGUACGGCACAUGUUUCAGUUUUGGCACCAAAUGGGGAUGCUGUAGCUGCCACGAGUACGGUGAAUUACAUAUUCGGAGCAAUGAGACGCUCACAGAGCACGGGAAUCAUUCUGAAUGAUGAAAUGGAUGAUUUCUCUAUUCCUGGAAAGGACAAUGUUUACGGAAUCCCCUCGUCUCCGGCGAAUUUUGUUUAUCCCCGGAAGACCCCAAUGUCCUCUAUGUGCCCCUCAAUACUCGUUGAUCGUGAAGGGAAUGCCAGGAUGAUCGUGGGUGGAGCAGGAGGGUCCAAAAUCACAACAUCUGUCAGUUAUCUGAUUAUGCGACAUUUGCUCUUCAAUGAAAGCCUCAUGGAUGCUAUGCACGCCAAACGGAUACACCAUCAAUUGGCACCGAUGCGGGUGGACUUUGAGAAUGGCUUCAGUGAGGAGAUCAUUAAGGGUUUCUCAGAUCGGAAUCACGAAGUUUAUGAAGUAUCACCCGGAUCGGGUUUUGCCGCACUCACGGCCAUCAGCUUCGACGGUGCAAAUCGCAUUGAUGCUGUCUUCGAUCCCCGCCGCAAUGGAUCAUCCAGUAUAAGUGAAAUGUAGACAACAUCUCACCCUCCACGCCCUCCCCAUCCAGUUGUGACCGCCCAAGCCCAAUAUUUUUUUUUUGCUAGACUUUAUAACUUAUUACUGUGAUUAACCGAUUUAGCGAAAAAAAAGAAAGAAAAAGUAUAUGUAGCGAUUAAAAUAUACAAAACAAAGUUACAAAAAGGAUAGUCUAAUGUAAAUUCCUUAUUUUGUAAGUAAAACACACGAAGAAUGGAAAGAAAUCAGGAAUAAUUAAAGAAUUAUUGAUAAAGAAAAAAAAA